GGUACUAAAUUUGUCUGGGUUUCUCUUUGCAGAUACCAUGAAUGCCUCGUGUACAGCCUUCAAUACCACUGCCGUGGAUGAUGACAUGCGUCACAUUGGCAUAGUAACUAAUGUGAUCAUCCUGGUUCUGGGUGUCUCUGGCAAUGGGCUAGUGAUGUGGGUCAUCGCCAUGCGGGAGAAGCGGAAAACCUUCACAUCCAUCUGUUAUUUCAACCUGGCUGUCGCGGACUUCCUCUUCUCUCUUGGCCGUAUCCCUGCCCUGGUCCAAGAAAUCAUGUACUCCUGCUGGCCCUUUGGCCUUGCCUUAUGCAAGCUACAUGCUUUUGCCCGCUACCUCACUGUCUUUUCCAGUGUCUUCAUACUCACUGUCAUAAGUGUCUACCGCUGCUUAUUGAUAGCACGACCUGUCUGGGCCCGAAACCAUCGGGGCCCCCACUGUCAAGCCCUGAUGUGCAUUGGAGCAUGGAUCUUAGCUUUGGCCUUCAGCAUUCCCUAUCUGGUAGUCCGUCAUACUGUAGAAAUCAAUGGAGGCACCUACUGUGUCUAUCAGAAAGUUCUCAAGAAAUCCACGGAUCUGCCCUUGAGACUGAGCAGGUUCUUUGGGGGAUUUCUUGUGCCUUUUAUCAUCAUUUCUUCAGCCUACUUGGUUCUAGUUUUCAAGCUCCGUGGGCGACGCUGGGAAGGGUCCCACCGAACCUUUGCUCUAGUAGCCAUCAUUGUUGUAUUCUUUUUCAUCUGUUGGCUACCCCACCACAUCUUUGUACUUAUCAGUACACUAUUGUUCACAAAGGAGGAAUGGGGAAUUGGACUCAAGUUGACAAAUGCUCUGGCCUACCUCCACAGCUGUGUCAACCCAGUGCUGUAUUGUUUUGUGGGUUAUAUCCGGCUCAGGGGUCGUCGCCGCCAGACCUCUUUCUUGGGUCUUUUCCGGAAGGCAUUAACUGAAGAGGAUGAAGGUUCUGUUGCAGCUGAAGCAUCAAGGAGUCUUAAUCAAAAGACUUCAGAACCAAAGGAAAGUUGGACUUGAGUGCUGCAAUUUUACAGGGACCAUCUCUAUACUCUACAUAUUCAGAAAAGAAAGAAAACCGGUGGUCCUCAGAAUAUCUGACUUGGAUUAUGGACCUAUGACACUGUUCAUGUUCAGUGUGGUUACACCAAAUUUUAGGAUACUAUUAAUCAAAGUAACUUCCAUGUGCUUCCUUUGGCAUCCAACCAUUGGCCACUCCUUCUCUUGAAACAUGUCCAGAGAUACAGGGUUGGGUGAGAAGGAAGCCAGAGAAAGACAUUGGACCUUCUCAGAUGCUUCAAUGGCAGUGGGGUGAAAGGAUUCUGGAUACUAACAGUGCUCUGCCUGCUCAUAUGUGGGCUUUGGCAGUUGUUCAUUUGUCCAACCCCCUUCUGAGACUGACAUUUACAGCCUUAUCACAUGGGGCAAACUAAGUAUAUUAGGACACCUUUGCCCCAAUUCACCCAUGGAUCCCAACGCUGCCCAUCAUACGAAAUAGGGUGACUUCUGUUGGGGCUCCAUUGGUAAACUGAGGAGGCAGCGUGGUGGGAGGCUCCCACCGCCAACACAAAAACAUCCCCAUGUCCCAUAAGGAACAACAGGGUUGCUCUGGGCAUUAGUUACACAGUAAUGCUUUCCCAGGGCCCCUGGUGGCACAGUGCAUUAAAGCACUGAGCUGCUGAACUUGCAGACCAAAAGGUGCCAGGUUCAAAUCCCAGGAGCAGAAUGAGCGCCCACUGUUAGCCCCAGCUCCUGCCAACCUAGCAGUUCGAAAACAUGCCAAUGUGAGUAGAUGAAUAGAUACCGCUCUGGCGGGAAGGUAACGGCGCUCCAUGCAGUCAUGCUGGCCACAUGACCUUGGAGGUGUCUACGGACAACGCCGGCUCUUCGGCUUAGAAAUGGAGAUGAGCACCAACCCCCAGAGUCGGUCACGACUGGACUUAACAUCAGGGGAAACCUUCACCUUUUUUUAAUGCUUUCCCAUGUGGAUGGGGAAGAGUCGGCUCCAGGCUGGAAUGCCAGAUUGCCUGAUUGCCGCCAUGAUUUUCCAUGGAAGCUGGUGAAUCACAACACUGGUAAGGUUGCAUGUGAUGAGGUUCUAGAUCUCCUAACUAAUAAAAUAUAUUAUGAAAUUCUGUUCAAGAUUUCUUAUGAACCAUGGUAGCAGCUACCACUUGAUCCCACCCACCCACCCAAAGAGAUGACUUCCCUUUUCCACAGCAGUUACUUCAAGGCUAUUUUCUGACAGUUUGGAAAUAAAUAUAUUCCUUCAAUUCUAAGACACGAUCGGUUCUAUGCAUACUAAUUUCAGUACCUCCAACAAAGCCCUGAUUUUUUUCCCUGAUGUUUAUACUGAACUGAGAGUGCAUCAAGAAAUACAGUAACAAGUAUUGAGUAAUAAGAAGAUGGUUUAAAUAGUUGAUCAGUUCAUCCCUAAUCCAUCACAGUUCCCAACACAGAUACAUCAAGCAAUAAGGCAAGAAAAAGACAAGAUGAACACAAAUUGUUUAUGAAGACUGAAAGCAAGUUUUUUUUAAUUGAGAUUGUUUUUCCCUUGGAGAAAAUCCAACCAAGAUGUUACUUGCCGUCUAGAAUAAUGCAGUCCAAGCAAAGCUUUUAUUAUUAGUUUUUGUAUUAGUCUACAGAAUCUCCAUCUUAAUUCUGCAUAGAAAAUAAUUAAUGUUUUGGGAUUACUUUUAAGGGAAUCAGAUUUUGACAAAGUAGAAAGUUUACAUUUCAGUAUUCAAAUCCUUUGGCAAUAGGACUGUGUUAUGGGUCUUCAAUAUGCCUUGAAAUCUGAAAUUCCAGAAGGGUCAAUAAAUAUGUAUAUUAUUGCUUGGUAGAUUAAACCAAACUGCUAUAGGUUUGCAGUAAGAGAGAUAUAGUUCUGGGAAAGAACCACAGCUACCACUUAUUUGGUAGAUUGAGAAUCAUCCCUUUUAAAAAUCAAAAUGUAUACUUAAUCAUGAGUUGCAAUUAAGGCCUCAAUACUGUAGGUCUUUACUUCAGACUAAGCUUUCUUGGGGUGCAUCGACAUUGCAGUAAUGAGGCAGUUUGGUAGCACUUUAACUGCCAUGGCUCAAUGCAAUGGAAUCUUGAAAUUUGUAGUUUUCUGAGGCAACAACACACUUUGGGAAAGGAAGAUAAAGAUCUUGUAAAACCACAGAUACC